CUUUCGGCUUUCUUGCGGUCCACGCACGACUUUGCCCCGCCUCGCCUCGCUCAGCGUCGCCGGAGGCACGCAGCUCAACGGGUGUGUGUCGCAUGUAUCUAUUGAUAUCUGUGCUGGAGCUUGUGGUUUUCUUCUGCUCCUGUACAAAACACACUCGACGCAUCUGGUCAAAUGAUCGCCAUCUGCGGGUCAUGUCGGGCAAGUCAAGGCUCUGUGCCGGCGUUCGAGAAACAUCUACGACCAGAAGCUGUCCAGGAGGAUAUCCACGUGGCCAUGUCGGCUAUGAGUUAGGGUUUUGAGAGUACGACAGCUAAAGACAAGAAGAACACUUGUGUCGAUAGUAGUUACGUUGUGUAAAGCGUAGACGAGGCAAUAGUUUCCAGGAAACCAGGGGCCGAUAUUGUUCGAGCUGUUAUAAACCCGCGUGUCUCUAUUAAUAAGUUACAAAUUGUGGAACUUGAAGUCGCUAUCUGUAUCCGUCAAUCGAUAUAUAUAUUUAUGCCAUCCAAGCAACGUCUUUUUUCAUGGACGCCCCUGCUUAUUUCAGCAAGACAAUGCCAAACCACAUUCUGCACGUGUUGCAACAGCGUGGCUUCGUAGUAAAAGAGUGCGGGUACUAGACCUGGCCUGCCUGCGGUCCAGACCCGUCUCCCGUUGAAAACGGGUGGCGCAUUAUGAAGCGUAUAAUACGGCAACGGAGACCCCGGACUGUUGAACGGCUGAAGCUGUACAUCGAGCGAGAAUGGGAAAGAAUCCCACCGACAAAGCUUCAACAAUUAGUGUCCUCGGUUCCCAAACGUUUAUUGAAUGUUUACACAGUGGUCAACAUGAGCCUGUCCCAGCUUUUUGGGAACGUGUUGCAGCCAUAAAAUUCCAAGUUAAUCAUUAUUUGCUAAGAACAAGAGGAUGAGGAUGUUCUUCCUCCAAAGCCAAUGCCUCCACUCCUCCAAAGCCCCGAUGAUAGCCACCAGCUCUCGGUUAUCAACGUCAUCAUUUCUUUCGGCAGGGGACAGACGACGGAAAGUCAAGUCUUACUUCGGAAUAAAUUAAAUGUGAGCGCACUGAAUGACGGUGAUGUGGUUAGAUACAUUGAGGGAAAAGCCAACUCUAGUCUCAAUUUAAUUCACGCCCGAGUAUCCAUCGAGCCUCUCCCGAAAGGCGGGGUACACCCCGGACUGGUCGCCAGCCGAUUGAAGGGCACAUAUAGACAAACACCCAUCCGCACGCCGCAUUCGCAGCGUAUUCAAUGAACCUACCAUGCGUGUUUUGUGAAUGUGGGCGGAAACCGGAGAACCUGGAAAAAACCCACACGGGAAGUUCAGGAACAUUACUUAAGGUUGUUGAGCGCAAAUGUCAGCAACAAACACUACAAUCUCAUGUUUAAUUUUGAAGCUUUUGUCUAGACUUGUGAAGUACAGUAAAUAACAAUAACAGCGACAACAACAAAAACGGAUUUAUCUGCACACAUUUAAAUGUGAAAAAGGUUCUGUAAUAUGUGACAACCAUCUCUAAAAAUAGAAGUAAAAAUGUCACAUUUAAGGAUUCAGUUGCUAUGUUGCCAUGGCAUUCUUAGAUGCAUCGAAGAAUAAACAACUGCAGCGUGGGCCACAAGUGCUCACUGCGGCCCUCGCCCGCCAACUUCAACCUCGAGAAAAACUGCUGUUCAAACAAAAAAAAACAACUGUACAGACAACGUUUUAACAUUACUAAGCAAAGGCAACAUACGUUGAUUGGUUAUCUUGCCGACGCACAAGCGAGUAAGAGACGACAUCUGGUUGUCUGCUCUCGAGCAAAGACGGCCUGCACGUGCCUCUGCCAACCAAAUAACCCCGGCCGGCCUCCCAUUGCAAAUUGAAUUUCGUUUGCUUCCUCUCCAGAAAAGCGCAUGACGGUCCUGAGCUGUUUGCGUGCCUUCCGUGUCGGAACAUUUAGUUCUGUAUGCUUUGCGGCACCAUGAAUGGCGGUGCAGCCCAUUGCUUUAUUCUCAUUUUCUUGGCCGUCGGCGUUACCGAGCUUUGCCUCGCCGGACCUUUGCAUGCCCAGUGCAAAGUACAAUGGUAUUUUGGAAUACCAUGUCAAACGGUUUAUGAAUCCCUGGUUUUACAAAUAAGGCAGUGGGAAACCAUGGCUGGCUGCAGGCAGGGUGGACAACGGUGCUUGUACAAGUUGCAAUCUGCCUCGGUCCACUUUAUAGCUGCCAAACACAUCUCUCCUUUGAAGAAAUAUAAGGAUUCCCUUCAUUUCCGCCUCGUUCCCUAUUAUUUCUUCACCUUCUGUCAUGUUUCGGCCAUGUCAAUCUCUGAGACCUGGUAUGUCAUCAAAGACCAUGGCACAAACUACUGCAACCUCUACAACCUCAUUGAAGGAAGCGGUCUGACUGAAGCCAGGGGUUACAAGGAGAUCACCAGUGACUUUCUAUGCACUCAACGCUCUUCAGCCAACUGCACUGUCUUUUGACUUCUGACUCCAACAAUAACAGGGAGCUAACUAUAGCAUUCAACUGAAUGUUCUGUUUUGACAAGAAGAGCAAAUGUUACAGAAAGUCAUGAUCUUGGAAAAUCAAUAGUGCUCAGAAAUAUCCGUACAUUAGCUUUCAUUUGGUCAACAUGAGUGACAGUUGUGCCAGGAAGUGACACUAAUAAAAUAGCCUCCUUGAUUUGUAACGCUGUCCCCAAGUAUGGACCAAGUAUUGAGCUAUCUGCAUUAUUAACUGUGGCAAAGUAGUCAUAAAUAAAGAUUCAUUUUAUUUAUUUAAUUUGUUAGUUAUUUUUUUUAUUUUUUAUUUUUUUUAAUAUGACUGAACAACAACCAUCAUUAAUUUCUUUAUGGUUAUGUUUUGUUUAAUGAUUAUGCUUUGCUGAAAUGCUUGAUCGUUUAAUUUGAAUCCCAUUAAAAUAAAAAAU